UUAUGUGAUUUCGUCUUUUCGACACGGGUAGAGUUUUUGAUUCAAGAAUUAGUAUUACUUUCGUCAUGACGUUAUGCAAUAUAUGUUCGAUUAGCUGUGCAUUAUCAACCGUCCCCCAAUUCUCCAUGACGUAUGUUCUUAUCUCAAAUUGCUCCACGCAUAUCACAGGUCCAAAAGCACUCUCGACCCCAUGAAAAAAUAAUCUAAGGGAAGACUUAAUCCUCUCGGUAUCAAAGCAUUGGAAGCAAUUAAGAAAAAAAAAACAAGGACAUGUGUAUGAGAGUAUAAGAGAUCAAUUAUUCAUUUUGAAGUAUAUAAGUUUGUAUAUUCUGAUUGAAUUGGAGAAUGCUACGUAUCAGACUAUAAGGAGGUCGCUUUAGUACGGAUGUAGAGCACCGAUAUGUGAAGAUCCUUUUCCUAUAAUAUUUCGAACGGCAGCUGCCGUUAUAUAGAAGGGGCAACCCGGCCCAGGCAUUUCCACUCGUCCCGCUCCCUGCUAAGAGUUGCGCCAUUUUUAUCUGCCUCGGGCGCACAGAGCCUGGAGCUUAGCUCUGAGCCAAAACUGCCUAACUACUCCGGGGCCAUGUGCCAAGGAAGAAGAUGUUUAUACUUCAUCAGUAAUACGACAAAGGCUUUCUGUUCUGCUAGGAGAAACCACUCCAAGGACUUUCACUAUUUGAUGGCAUGUGAUGCAGCCAAGAUAACAAAGACAGAUCAAAUGAAGUUGAUAAAUAUCAUUUCUCUUUGAAGGACCAUCAUACAUAGGAAAUAAUCAAGGCAAAACAAACACCGAAACUGUUACAGUCAUUUCAUGUUAACAGAAAACCACUUUGUUCAAGGAUAUACUUGCCACCGUUCUAAAUGGUUCUCAAGUCUCUGACCAGGCCAAAGUUUUCUUCAGUUCUGAUGACCAAAGAAGAAACCAACGAGCUAAUACCUGGUUUGCCGGAAGACAUGGCAAAGAUAUGCCUCGCGCUCGUCCCUCAGAAACACUUCCCAGCCAUGGGUGCAGUGUCAAGGAGGUGGAUGUUGUUUGUCGGGAGCAGGGAGUUCAGUGCUGUCAGGAAGGAGGUUGGCAAGAUUGAAGAAUUGAUUUAUGUCCUGGUAGCUGAACCGGGAGGGAAGGGGUCACGUUGGGAGGUCUUAGGAUAUCAGAAUAAUAGGGUCCUUCCUCCUAUGCCUGGAGUGACGAAAGCUGGGUUUGGAGUGGUUGUUCUUGAUGGAAAGUUGUUUGUCAUUGCUGGUUAUGACGUGGACCAUGGGAAGGAGCGUGUUUCUGAUGCGGUGUACCAGUAUGAUGCUCGUCUGAACAGAUGGGGUGCAAUUGCCAGCAUGAAUGUUGCGCGUCGGGACUUCGCCUGUGCAGUGCUGGAAGGUGUAAUAUACGUUGCUGGUGGAUUUGGCUCGGACAGCAAUAGUUUAUCUACUGUUGAAGCAUAUGAUUCACAACAAAACAGAUGGACACUGAUAGAUAACCUACGCAGGCCAAGGUGGGGCAGCUUCGCCUGUGGAUUAAACAGCAAGCUGUACAUAAUGGGCGGCCGUUCAAGCUACACGAUCGGCAACUCGCGUUUUGUCGAUGUCUACGAUCCUAGCUGUUGUUCGUGGGAUGAGGUCAAGAGAGGAUGUGUGAUGGUCACCUCCCAUGCAGUCUGUGGAGACAGAUUGUUCUGCAUCGAAUGGAAGAGCCAGCGCUCGCUCUCGGUUUUCAGUCCCGCGGACAGUUCUUGGAAGAAGAUCACGGUGCCGCUUACGGGUAGUUCGAGCACCAAAUUUUGCCUUGGGGUACAUGAUGGGAAGCUGCUGCUGUUCUCACAGGAAGAAGAAGCUGGGUAUCAGACGAUGACGUAUGAUCCAGCUGCCUCCAUAGGUUCUGAAUGGGGUACGUCCAAGCUGAAGCCGUCAGGGUUGUGCUUUUGCAGUGUGACUAUUAAUGUUUGAUGCGUAAGAUGAGGCCUAGCUUGUAAUCUGUUCCUUGAACUGUUUUUUUUUGAGAGAAUAAGUUUGGAUGAACUAAUGCUGUUAAACUCUCUUCAAUGGACAAUAUCUGGCUUAAUGUGAAACUGAGUAAUUACCUA